UCGAUAGUUUAAUUUUUUGGUAAUAUAAUCAACCAAUACAUUGGUUCAAUUUUAUUACAUUUUUUUGUAACAUAUAGUGAGGAUGUUUAUAUGGAAACUCGUUUUCAUAAUUAAUAAUUUUAUCAGUGCCUUAUGGCAUGUAAUUUGUAUAGCAAAUAAAUUGCUAGAAAUCGCGUUUAAUAUGUUUUCCCAGUUGAUUUAAUCGAUUUCGGUAUUUAGAAAUUUCUUCAAGUUUGAUAAUCCAAUCUUUUUUUUUUUUCUUUUUUUGUUAAUAUGACACGUAUACAAUGAAAUAAAAUAACUUGAAUACUCGCAUUCUAGACACCGCAACUCAUUCGGUAAUAACUUGCGCAACAUUAGAUUAUGGUUACGAAACCUUCUGUAUUUGCUGUAGAACUAUUACAAUAUAAAUUGUUGUGUCAUUAAACAAUUCUUAGAAAUUUUAAGUAACUCCAACGAGAAAAUAAAAGGCCACUAUAUAAUAAGAAUUAAAAUAUUGUCAUGGAAAAAAGUGCAACAAUGUCGCCACCACCACCACCACCACCACCUGGUUUUAUCCCACCACCACCAUGUCAUUCUGUCCCACCACCGUCAUAUGAGCAACCACAAGGAACUCCCGUUAUCAUAAGGAAUUUAAAUUUUGGUCCUGAACAACAGCAUAUAAUAUGUCCUUCUUGUCAUGCAAAUGUGCUCACAGUAAUUGAAAGGGAAGCAAACAUGAAAACUCAUCUCUUCGCAUUAGGACUAUGUAUUUUAGGGUGCUGGUGUUGUGCUCCUUGCCCUUACUGCAUGGAUAGUUGUUUGGUAACAAAACAUUAUUGUCCUAGUUGUAGAUCAUAUUUAGGACAAAGUGAUAAUUAAUUCUAUGGUAACAUUGUCAAAACCAUUUCCUUAUAUAUAUAUAUAUAAUAUAAUAUAAUAUAAUAUAAUAUAAUAUAAUAUAUAUUAUUCUGACUUUUUAUAAGGCAUAAACAAUAUUUUGCGCAUUUAUUUUAUAAAAUUACUUUUUUUUAAAGUGUUCAUAAUCUUGAAAAUAUGACCAAAAAACAUAGAUUUUUUAUAUAAGGUUGUAGAUGCUUAUUCCAACUUAAGUUAAUUGGUUAAUUAACUUAAUUUUAAUGAUUAGAAAUUUAAAGUUGUCGAUAUAAUUUAUAGAAAGGUAACUUUUAAAUCAAUUUUGUAAUUGUAUUAAUAUCUCGUUUUAUACUUUUUAGCACUCAAUUGUAAAUUUAAACACUAUUUUAAAUAUGACUGCUAAACAAGUACAGAUGUUCAUUUUAAUAUUAUACAUAUACAAUAUAUAUUAUAUACAGGGUGGUUGGUAACUGGUGGUACAAGCGGAAAGGGGGUGAUUCUACGCAAAAAAAGAAGUCGAAAAUAUAGAAUAAAAAUUUUUUUUUUUAAUUUUUCCAUCGAGACAACGAUCUACAGUGAGAUACGUUAUAACGUACCGCACGCGUACCGAGCGAAAAUUCAAAGUCGAUUUUCUCGAAAACAAAGUCUCAAACGAAAAAUUUUUAUUCUAUAUUUUCGACUUCUUUUUUCUCGUAGAAUCACCCCCUUUCCGCUUGUACCACCAAUUACCAACCACCCUGUAUAUAAACAAAUAUUCUAAAAUUUAUAUUAUAAAUUUUUAUGAAAAUUUUUUUAAAUGUAAGAUCUAGAAUUGUAAAUUAAAAAUGACUAUACUACUACCAUCAAUAAUAAGUUUUGUAUUAAUAUACUGAAAUCUUUUUAUUAUUUAAUUACAUACAUUUAUGUAUAAAUCUGAUUUAUUGCUUCUCAAUCAAUCUUAUGUAUAAAAAAUCUUUGAUGUUAUAGUCAGAAUGAAGCACAUGAAAGAAUAGGUAUUGCAAUAAAUAUUUUUAUUGAAGA